UAACAGGCAGCUACAGCCUGUACAGAGGGAGGGAUGGGAAUGCUGAAUCAGUAAAACUGCAUGAAAGCCUGGGAGAGGGUGGAAGAGGGUAAACGGCAGGGGGAGAGGGAAGAGAAAGGUAGCGGCUUGGGUAAGAUGUACAGUAUGACGCUUCGUCAUUCAUUUAAUCUCUUAUUUAUGGAUACGGAGCUGACAGUUCACCCUGUUUUACCUCAAGCUCUCCUCAGUUAAGAGACUUUAAACAGACUUUUAAUUUCAGUGCUACAGUACAUUUAUAGGGUUUAAAGUCGGAACUGCCCCUUUACAGUUUUGAGCAAGCCAGAAAAACGAGUCAGAUGGAGGUAGACAAGGUGGUGUGUUUGCCAAGGUUGUCCCGGGUCGCUGUGUGCGGUGGUACCCAUGGAAACGAGCUGUCUGGGGUGUACUUGGUGAGGGAACUGCUGAAGGAGGAGAAGAAAGCGAUGGAGGAGGAGGAGGAGGAGGAAAAGCCUGUGUCAGUGGUGUUGGUGCUGUCGAACCCGUGGGCCAUACAGCAGUGCCGCAGAUACGUCAAGACUGACCUGAACCGCUGCUUCACCCAUGCUUCCCUCAAUGGUCCCUUAUCAGACUCUGCCCCCUAUGAGCUGAUCAGAUCCAAGGAGCUGAACACCUUGCUGGGUCCCAAAGGAAGUCCUGAGGCGGUGGAUCUUGUUUGUGACCUCCACAACACCACAGCCAACAUGGGCCUGUGCCUCAUCGCCUACUCGGACUGCGACUGGAUCUGCCUGCACACGUUCAAACACUUUCAGAGGCAGAUGCCAGAUAUACCAAUGAGGUACAUCCAUUUCGAUGUCCCCAAAGAAGAAUCAUAUUCCCUUGAUUCAGUGGGAAAACAUGGCUUCGCCAUGGAGAUUGGCCCCCAACCCCAUGGUGUGGUGAGGUCAAACAUCUAUACGGCAAUGAAAUUUGGCGUGCAGCACAUGCUUGACUGGGUCCGUUUCUUCAACUCAGGAACUAUUAUCGAAGGAGGAUUUGUGGACGUGUUCACCAUGGUUAAACACAUCGACUACCCAAGAGACAGCGAGACUCACAACAUCAUAGCAGCCAUUCAUCCUCAACUCCAGGACCGAGACUUCUGCCUGCUCCACCCCGAAGACCCACUGUUCCAGACUUUCUCAGGUGAAACGCUGAGGUAUAAAGGCAAAGAACCUCUUUAUCCUUUCUUCAUCAAUGAAUGUGCUUAUUACGAGAAAGGCAUCGCUCUCUCCCUGGCAAGAAAGAGGCGUGUGAUGAUUCCCGCAAUCCGGGUGCAGACAGAGCAGGAGCAGCAAGCGAGCGAACAGGGAUUCGGAUCAGAAGAAGAGGAGUGAGGGUGGACUUUUAAAACACCCGGCAUGAUGACACUGAUGUGAAUGCGUAAUAAAUUUUACAAAUAUUUCA